AUGUUGUCAUGCAAACAGACAUCAGCCUUGGAGGGGUACCAUUCUGUAAUAAACCACUUUGCACCCAAAAUGAUUGACUUUUCUUACCAUGGAAUACUUUGCAAGGAACAAGCAGUAACAAAGGAUGGCAGAGCACGGUACAAGAUAGCCUACCCAAAGUUUAAGAAGGGGGAUUAUUCUGUCAGAAGAAUUUUGGUAGACUGCACAUAUGGUAAGUGA